AAGGUUAUUAAAGCAGAGCCCAAAUCGACUUAUCAUAACUACAAACACACAUCUUUCUCUCUUCUAUAUUCUUCUUUGGCUUCGAACUUUCACUUUUCGACCGGCAAAAGACCACUAGCAUGGGUCACGAAUGUAUCGAUGCAUCGAAGGAGUUCAAAUUUGGUGAGGAUGUCAAAAGUGGAGUGACUGAGAUUGUUCUUGUUCGCCAUGGAGAAACCACUUGGAAUGCUGCUGGAAGAAUCCAGGGACAAAUAGAGUCAGACCUUAACGAAGUUGGGCUAAAGCAGGCUGUAGCAAUCGCUGAGAGAUUGGGGAAAGAGGAGAGACCCGUAGCUGUGUAUUCAUCUGACCUAAAGCGAGCCAAAGACACUGCUCUGAUGAUCGCAGAAGCUUGUUUUUGUCCCGAGGUGACUGAAGUACCUGACUUAAAGGAGAGGCAUGUGGGUAGUCUUCAAGGGUUGUACUGGAAAGAAGGAGCAGAGAAAGAACCUGAAGCUUACUCUGCUUUCUUUUCUUCCCAAAAUGACCUCGAGAUUCCUGGAGGAGGAGAGAGCUUUGACCAACUUUGCGAGAGAUCCAUGAAUGCUCUUGAGCAAAUUGCCAAGAAGCACAAAGGAGAGAGAGUGAUAGUGGUGACUCAUGGAGGAGUGUUAAGGGCAAUUUACUUGAUGAUCACAAAAGCUUCAUCAGCUGGAAAACUACUUAAUGCUUCGGUGAAUGUUGUUCACUUCCAUGAGGAGAAAUGGAUCAUUGAUUCUUGGAGCGAUGUCUCGCAUCUCUCCUCCGUUGGAUUUCUGCAACGUGGUUUUGAUGGAGACUCCAAGCCCUAGAGAACUAUCCUCUUCCCUAUUGUUUCUGUCGAUCGAGAAUGGUCUUCAUCUAUCCAUUCUAUAAUGUACUUCUUUGAUGUUUUCUGAUUGUCUCUUUUUUUUCCUUUGCUAAGAUGUGUUUCCGAUUAUGAGAUCGAUGUCCUUCUGUUUACAAGUUUAUAUCUUCUUGUAAUUUGCAAUAAUCGAUUGAUAAAGAUCUUUAAAUUCCCAAACUUUUAGAUAAAUAGUCAUUACACACACUUUGCUAUAGUAGAGAACUCUACUUAUUUCAUAAACUAACUUUAACUAUUAUCCUUGUCCAUGUCUCUACUUUAUAUAAUAGACUUAUUUUACAAGCAAAACGACAACUCGAUCUGUAAAAAUGACAUUUAAUGACUUGUACUUUAAAAUGGUAGAUUUAAACAAGAAGAUAUAUAU